CUCUGCUGUGUCAUCUUCACUCUUGAUCAGGAACAUGCUGAAUCAGAAAACCCCGCACGUGGGCGUCUCCAGGACAGAGUCCCCAAUCCCUUCGCCCCCGCAGCGCCGGGCCCGGCCGGAGCGCCGGAUCGUCGGCUCCACCAACCGGUGGCGUUUUCCCAAGGAGCCUUUCUCAGGGGACCUGCUGGCGCUGUCCCAGAUGUGCAAAGCUCUGUGCAUAGACUUUGAUGAAGCGCUGAAGAACCCCGAGAGGCUAUCCAUUUCACAAAUUUGGAAGGCUUUUCCUCAGAGUCUGAAGAACAAGGCCAUCCCAAGUGGGGAGCCAGAUGUGGUUCUCGAGUGUCUGGGCUUCCAGUGGGAGCUGCACCAGCCUCAGAUCUUUCAGUCCGAGACCUUGGCCAAACUCUACCUGGCGGCCCUGGUCCGCAGCGCCAGCGGCCCCUCGAGGGACGUGGACAAGCUCCUGAGAGUUCAAGUGCCUGAGAAGAGCAAACACAAGCCCCCCGUAAAGAAGGUGAUCAUUUCCUUGAAGAUCAACGACCCGCUGGUCACUAAAAUCGCCUUUGCCACGGCCCUCAAGAACCUCUACGUGAGCGAGGCCGAGAUGGACAUGGACGAGGUGCUGGGCGUGCUGGCUUCGGCGCACGUCCUCCGCCUGGGCAGCCUGUUCCGGAGGUGUGUGAACUUGAUGAUAAACAGGCUGUCUCCGAGCACCAUCAAGAACUUCUACCUGGCCAGCCACAAGUACAAGGAAGAGCAGCUCACCACUGCCUGCGAGAGGUGGCUGGAAAUGAACUUGGUCCCUCUGGUGGGGAAGCAGAUCUACCUCCGCAAAAUCCCCCAGGAGCUGCUGCUUAAAGUGCUGAGGUCCCCCAGGUUGUUUACUUUCAGUGAAUUUCAUCUCCUGAAAACAAUGCUUUUGUGGGUCUACCUGCAACUAAACCACAAAACUCAGACUGUUCCGCUCCAUGAAACGGUGCUGGCCUUUUUCAGCAGCUUGCCCAAGCAGUGCGCCUUUCUGGACCGGGACAUGGGGCAGUGUCUGAUGCCACUCUUCCUCUGCCUGCGACUGCACGGCAUCACCAGAGGCAAGGAUCUGGAGGAGCUCAGGCACGUGAACUUGUUCCCCGAGUCCUGGCUGGCCCGGGUCACCGCCAACCACUACCACGCGCUGGAGAAUGGGGGUGACAUGGCCUACGUGAAGGAUCUAACCACCCAGGCUGUGAGAUACGGACUGCUCUUUAACCAGGAGUACACGACCCAUUCAAAGGUGAUCACCAUAUACGGGUUCCUCUUUGAGAUCAAGGGCAUCAAGCACAACGCGACCGCUUACAGUUUCUGCAUGCAGAGGAAACGGCACACGGACGUGGAGUCACCGGCCGACGACUGGGAGCUCAGCCCCGUCAGCCUGCGAGCCGAGCGCCUGGUCAAGUACAAGAUCGCGGCGCAGGCGCAGGUGGGCGGCGGGUGGCAGGAGUUCGGGACCAACGAGAUCACGCAGAAGUUUGGGUUCGUCAAGCCGUUCUCCAAAAGCCACGUCUUGAAAAUCCAAACUGUGGGGUCCCCAAUCUAUGCAAGCUUUUCAUUCAUCUUCCCGUCAUCUUGA